AUGGAUUCGUGGGGCCAGGAACAGGACGAAGGUGCAGCACCCAACAGGGGGCACGAACAGUACUCCACAGUUGGUAACUGGGUAGUGCAGCUCGUGCCUUCGAUGCGCACAGCAGCCCAAUCGCCUCUUUGUGUUGCACACACCCAGCUCAUGAAUUGCGUGCAUAGCGAAUGCAAGCGAACUGCACUGGAAAGGUGGUGGCCCAAGAUGUCAAAUACUCGUAACAUGGACUCGAAACAGCAUUCAGCAAGCGACGAGCCAACUUCCGUCAUACUCAUGCUAGGUGUUCGGCACUUGGAUCUCCGCCUGAUACAGUUUUUGGAACUAUACAGCGUUAUUUCGGUCGUCGCAUAUCGAGAUAAGAACGCCUAUAGGGUGCUGGCGAAAGCUGAACAAAUCCUGAAUCGAAUGAUCGCAUACUUCGUUGUACUGUGGUACUCAGUAGGGAUGAUAGUACAAGUACAGAAAAGAAAAGUGAAUGGAACACAUCUGGCAUUGGUCUACGGCGUCCAAAGGGAUACGUAG